AUGGCACAAAUGGACUCCCAGGAUAGGUGGAACAAGGUGUCCCUUGGCAGUAUGAGUCAUGAGACCCGGAUGUUGAGCAUGAACUUGGAGAGUGAUGGUAGGGAAGGCGGCUCUCUAGUCACUCAGCGCAACAGCAACUUGCUGUGUGACACUCAGUCCUGCGAAGAGGAAGGGAAGUGGUCUGGGUCCUUCAGCACAGGCUAUGUGGAGCAGAAACUGGAGGAGAUGCCUGGGAGGACCAACAACCAGGAGGAAAAGGAACUGAAGAUCACCCAGAUUCAAGGCUCCCCUCAAUUAGAGAAGGCUGUCAGUGUCCCUUUCAGAGGCUUCUCACGGAGACAGCCUCAUAGGGACUCUGUGGGCAAUGACGGAGACAAGAAAGCAAACAAGGACCUUGCCUUGGGAGUCCCCACCAGUUUCUUGGAUAAUGAGGGGUCUUUUUGGUCACUGAACAGUGCAGAUUCAUCCCCCACAGAUAAGAACUCUUUAGAGCACCUUCCCAGGUCCGAGAGCACCCCAGUUCAGACUUCAGUCACUCGUGCAAGCCCGGCAGCAGCGUUGGGCAAAGUGCAGGGCCGUAGAAAAGUACAGGGCCAGGUGGACCCAGGAGGCAGAGGGCAGGAAGAGAGUCCUGACAGGUGUGUGCAGGACGGGCAGGCCCUCCAGAAGUCCAGAAAACUUCAGGCCCCUGAAGAACACCAUGGUGCCAAGCCCUACGUGUGCCAGCUCUGCGGGAAGGCCUACUCUCACCGCAGCACGCUCCAGCAGCACCGGCGCCUGCACACAGGCGAGCGGCCGUACCGAUGCCCCUUCUGCGACAAGGCGUAUACCUGGUCCUCCGAUCACCGCAAGCACAUCCGCACACACACUGGCGAGAAACCCUAUGGGUGCCCGGACUGCGGGAGGGCCUUUGUGCGCUCCUCCGAUCUGCGCAAACACCAGCGCAACAUGCACAGCAACGACAAGCCCUUCCCGUGCGCCCAGUGUGGCCUGACCUUCAACAGGCCGCUGUCACUUCUGCGCCACCAGCGCAAGCACCUAGGCGCCAAGCCUUUCCGCUGCUCCUCCUGCGGCCGGGAGUUCUCCGUGGCCAGCCGCAUGGUGGAGCAUCAGCGCGUGCACUCUGGCGAGCGGCCCUUCCCCUGCUCCACCUGCGGCAAAUGCUUCACCAAAUCCUCCAACCUGCAGGAGCACCAGACGCUGCACACCGGCCAGAGGCCCUUCAAGUGCGCCGAUUGCGGUGUGGCCUUUGCGCAGCCCUCGCGCCUGCUGCGCCACCAGCGCGUCCACACCGGCGAGAGGCCUUUUCAUUGCGCCGAGUGCGGUCAAACCUUCGCCCGCUCCUCCACCCUAAAGCGGCACCAACAGAUCCACUCCGGGGACAAGGACUUCCUCUGUGCCGAGUGCGGCAGGGCCUUUCGCAUCGCACCCGAGUUGGCACAGCACAUCCGGAUGCACAAUGGGGAAAAGCCCUACAAAUGUGAGGGCUGCGGCCAGGCCUUUACCCGCUCUAAUCACCUCCAACGACAUCAAGCCAAGCAUGAGACCUGCAAGAAGGAGCCCGCCCCUUCCUCUUCCAAUGAGUGAGAACACCAUUGGCUUGCUGCUAAGAGAAAUUAAGGCAUCCUCGACCUCACGUGACAGCAUGGAACCCAGCCCGGUGGGGCCCACCCACAUCCUAUUCUACCGGCUCACUGGUCACCCCUCACUCCCUGGUUUCUGACUGUGGGGUGAUCUAUGUAUUUUACGUAUUUAAUGUGUUGUGAGACAAGAUAAUCCCAAAGACAGCGUCCAGGUGUGCAGGUUCACACUGGCCUCCCACUGCGCAGAGGCCAGGAGCAAUUGGGAAAGAACGGGUAAGGAUAAAAAUGUAGGGACUGGUCAAUAGUUGAAUUCUUUAGGUCAGAGAAUUUCAGUGAAUGAGAAGGUAUAGAAUUCUGUGCUGGGCUCUGUGUGGGAUUCCAUGGGUACACGGAAGAAAAAAGUCUAUUUUGUUCUUUCCUCAAAGCCAUAUCAAAUAUUGAGAAGACCAUCUUUAGAGAAAGAUUCUUUUUGAUUUUUAUAUAAAAGAAUCCUCAGAAAUGAUCCCUGUGAUGGGCUCUUCCACAGAAGAAAGCCCACCUGGGGGUAGCUCAAACCAAGCCAAACAUCCUAGUGUGUCACUUGACUGCUAAGAUGACUUUAACCUUGAGGGAAUGUCUCCGUGGGUUGGCUUUGAAGUACAGAAGGCAAGGAGGAUGGGUGUGUGUGUGUGUGGGGGGGGGUUGUGCUGUGUUUGGGAAACAGUGAUUUCAGAAGUUCAGAACAGUUUCGACACCUAGGAAAGAAGUCUGUUCCUCAUAUGGGAGGAUGUGAUACUGGACCUCACCUUGGCCCCACCCAUAAAGUUCACAGGUGUCUCCUCUCUGCCAUUGCUUUUGCCUGUUCACAGGUUUCAAACUUAAGCCACAAGCAUCAUUUGUAAAGAAACAUUGAGUUCCUCCUGGUAAGCCACAGUAUGGCUCAUUUAUAUCUGCCUGGAUCAUUAACUGUGAUUUGAAGGAAAUCAAAUAGAGCACCCUUUGCCUAGGUGCCAAUGCGCUUAUUUGUUUGUGUCAAAGUCAUUAAAAUUGACCGUGAAUGUCUUCAUGCCUCAUCACUAUCCUCUAUUGAACUUAUUCAAAAUCUGCCUACUUACAGUCAUUCUUCAAGGCACUGACGCAGGCAGUGACUCUGGCAAAAUCAGGAGUUUGUGGCUUUUGGACACUCUGGGGAAUCUGUGGCUUCCCAAAACGUUUGAUGCUGGCAGACAAGUGACACUUGUAAUCCUUCCAAAGUAUGACAGGCAGACAGGAAUUUAGCUUUCCAAAGUUUUUAUUUCUAUGUGGUGUGUGUGUGUGUGUGUGUGUGUGUGUGUGUGUGUGCAUGCGUGUGCUUACUGGUCUAAAUCUCCCAGCCAUAUUAACUCUCAUUAACUAUUCAGUUUGAGCCUUUUAGGGGAAGUAAGAAAAGACUGGUUGGGACAACCGUUCUUAAACAUGUGGCUUAUGUAACAGCCUGUGUGUGUGUGCAUGCAGAAGCUGGAGCAGGACUCGGGGUGU